CAUGGCAGCAAUUGAAUCUCUCUAUCUAUCUUUCUCUGUCUCACACACGCAGGCACGCUCUCUCAUAUAAGCACGCACUCGUUCUCGCGCUCUCUCGCUCUUACUCUCUAUUUCCCCUCUCAAUUACUUUUUGGGGUUUUCCACAGAAGUUAAAGAAAUGCAAUGUCCGAUAAACAACUGAUGGCAAAUAUGAAGCAUUCUGCCAGAUAGACUACAAUGUGCAGAUUGCAGACGCGUACCGCGAGUGCAGUGUACCAGUGGCGCCAUCUACAAGGUGAGCAAAGAAGAAUUCGACACAGCUCCGGACUCUCUCUCGGAGGAAUAAGGAGUGAGGAUUACACAGUUUCCUCAGCGAAUCAGUUGUACUAUUAUAGACAAUGUCGUGGAGGUAAAUUGACACCGAACCUACCUGAAUGUGGGCAGAGCCUGAGGCCUGAGUUAACAGAUCGCCUGCUGCUGCUGUGUGCGUGGCACGGAUAGUCAGUGACUCUCUUGGAGGAAGUGUGUGUGUUUGGCCUUUGAAGAGCUCUCAUCCAGCACACAGUGGCCCGGUCCUCCCCCUUCACCCCAUCAUCCUCCCCACCCACCUCUCCACAGCUAGCGACAGACCCCGGACAAUAGUCUCUCCGAGAUUUAUGAGGUCCUUGUGGUGGCCUGGCUCUUUGUCAAUAAGAGGGGUUUUAUUUCACCACUUUUUUUUCUCUUGUCUUCUUCCUCUGAAAAAGGUGUGGGACCCAACUGUGAAAUGGGAGACGGCUGUUUGACAUGUGAAGCCCGCCUGGAGAAAAUGUCUGCUUUCAGGCCUGGAUAUAAGAAAUUACUCAACAAGAAGGAAACGUCACUGUACGGAAUGUCGUUUUCCCUCUUCCCUUCUCAUUAACAACAACAUGUCGGAUUGUCCUGACCCUGCAAAUGCUUAGUGUCAAAAUAACAAUGCACCUACAGAAUAUGAGGACAAUGUGCAACAUUUCCUUCUGCAAUGUGGACUCAAAGAUCGACCAGUACUUCCAGCCUACGCUGUACAUCAUUGUCAUCGUCCUGGGCCUGCCCACCAACUGCAUGGCUCUGUGGGCGGCUUACUUGCAGGUGAAGCAGAAAAAUGAGCUGGGCAUCUACUUGAUCAACCUCUCCGUGGCUGACCUUCUCUACAUCGGCACCCUGCCCCUAUGGAUCGACUACUUCCUCCAGCACGACGACUGGAUUCACGGCCAGAAUUCCUGCAAGCUGUUCGGAUUCAUUUUCUACACCAACAUCUACGUCAGCAUCGCCUUCCUCUGCUGCAUCUCCAUCGACCGAUACCUGGCCGUGGCCUACCCGCUCAAGUUUGCCAAGGUCCGGAGGGUCAAAACCGCCGUGCUGGUCAGUUCCGUGGUGUGGGCCAUCGAGAUAGUGGCCAACUCUGCACCCCUCUUCCACGACGAGCUCUUCCAGGACCGUUUCAACCACACCUUCUGCUUCGAGAAGUACCCCAUGCAAGACUGGGUGGCAGGCAUGAACCUUUACCGGACCUUUCUGGGUUUCCUGGUUCCCUGGCUGCUCAUGCUGGGUGCGUACCGGGGCAUACUGCGGGCGGUGCGCGGCAAUGUGUCCACGGAGUGCCACGAGAAGGCCAAGAUCAAGCGCCUGGCGCUGAGCCUAAUCCUGAUCGUAUUGCUGUGCUUCGGGCCAUACCACGUGCUCCUGCUGUGUCGCAGCAUCCUCUUCAUCCAGAAGCCCUGCAACUGUGGCGCAGAGGAGGACCUGUUUGCAGCCUACCAUGUGGCGCUGGCGCUCACCAGCCUGAACUGUGUGGCUGACCCUAUCCUCUACUGUUUUGUUAACGAGGGUGCACGCCAUGACGUCGGUCACGCACUCACCACCCUGCUGGGGGUCUUCAAGCGGAACUCGCCCUCGCCAGCUGACGCACUGACAGCUGGCUCUGUCACCUUGGAGACACCACUGUCCACCAAGAAGCAGCUGGGCCUGUACAGCGAGGUCAAGGCCAGCACCUACAAGACAGAGCUGGUGGCCCUCAAAGAGGAGUGUCUUCAGAUGACCAUACUCGGUGUUAAGAAAUGAACAGCCAUCCUGAAUCGCAAUGGGCGGACAUGAGAAAACACAAGAUUAUGUGGAAGUGGGGGAUGAUUCAGUUUAUGUAGAAUAGAACGUGGGGGAGAUUUUAGAAUUCUCAUGUGAAAUGUUUUAUCAGUUUUGGGGAUGACACCUCAUUAUGUACCUCCAAUGGUAAACUGCGAUUGAAAUGUGUUUGAUACAGAUGAAAAUAAUCAUAUCAAGAUUGACCACGAGUACAUUGUGACGACAGUAAGAAAGACCACACUAAGUUCAGUCGCAUAGAUGUGAUGCAACGUGAAACUAAGGAUGUUUGCCAUCAAACUGUGUCCUUCUCCACCUCGUCAUCUAUUGACGUGUUCUGGGCGGGACAGAGUUAUCUAACAAUGGAUUUGACAUGUUUACAUUUCUCUUUCAAUGAGCCUCCAGAUGCAUUGUAACAGCUCCAAAAAUCCUAAAUGUGUUCUGUCAGCCGGAGAGUGAAGCACAAUGCAACGUGUUUGUGUUCGACAAUUUCACUGGGAAAUAAAUUAAGUGUAUCAUCGUUUAAAAACUGUGUUGUGUCCGCUGUAACGGUACAUUGAACAAAUAUUAUGUCAGGAAACCGAAGUCCGGGGUUCAACUGUAUGGUUGAUGUGUUGCCGUAAAAGCAUUAGUGUGUUGACCAUGGGCCCGAUAACAGUGUUGUGUCGCUUUCUUUCUUCAAUGUUCAUUGUCUUGCAGUUGGUGCCUAUUUGAAUAGAUAGAAUAACAAACACUUAAGAUUAAUGUCCCCAUUAACAUUUCUUGUGUCUUGUCUGUCAUAUUUGGAAAUCACACAUAAUGACAUUGACACUGCAAUACCAUUUCCUGAUGUGAGGAUGAUGGGUAAUUCCACUGGCUGAUGGGACUGUCACAUUGUUGCCUGCAGAGGGUGGGUGUUCUUGAGAUGUCAGGGAGACAUAACUCCUCCUAAUGGUAACAGUACAGAGCGAGUUAAAUAAAGGUGAAAUCAGAUACAAAGUAAAAGAUCCAGGUCCACGCUACAUUGGCAUUGCAAGACCUGCAUGAUGUGCCUAUUUCAAGUAAGCAGGGCAAGGCAGCUAUCACCCUCAUCGCCACUGCUUACCUGCUAAUGAGCCAGUGAGAUUCCUAAUCAGAUGUGAUCACAGCUCUGCCAGUCAAAUGUUUCCCAGAUCAGAUUGAGGCCAUCUGCAGCCUCUCACUCUGCCUCCAGGGUUUUAAUGGUUUUGCUCAAUGACAUGGAAAUGAUUAAGGUCAAUAGUUCAAAUACAAUGGGUGUCUUAUCUCCGAGAGGCAGGUUAUGUUUUCAUUGAUAUUAAUGGGUUUAAAGCGAGCCUGGUGACCUACUCUGUUAAGUCAAUAUGGAAAUACGAAUGAGUGUUUAAAUUAGAUUAAGCUAUGUUUUAAAAUGGAUUUUGAUUCACCUAAUUGUGGAAAGUUCAGGAGGAGGUGUAAGCAAGUUACAUACACUAGGUUUGUCUGGAGUCUGUACAAAAUGUUAUUUCUAAAGGAGCUCUUGUCACAAAAAUAGUCCGGGAACGAACGACCAGUAAAAUAUCCCGGCCUUAGACUAUUCCAUUCCACUGAUGUUUGUUGUUGUUAUUGGCGUAGGCCACUUAAUCAGAUGUAAUAAUGGCCAUGCUGUAACCGAAACAGUCAUUUCCUUAUUAUUACACUUGCGUAAUCUUAGCAUGACAAGCCCACCCCUUGCUUUAGUGAGCACCGCUGAGAAUUGGCCGAACGAAUCCCGCUGCAUUGCUUUCAAAUCAUUUUACCACAAACAGGGUCUCUCCAAUGCGCCCUGCCAACCUACAGAUAAAACACAAAAUGCAGAAUUUUCCACUGCUAAUUAAUUAAUUGGCAUCACAAAACCAUGUUUAUUCAGAAUUUAAAUCUCAUUUCACAUUUCCCACAAAUCAAAUCACUGGCUGGACACUGAUAUAAAAUACAAUCUACAGAGGCAUUUCAUUUGAUUGAUAUCCUCAGUGGUAAGACAAGGUGUUAGUGUACCCCAGUUGUCCUAUAUCAAUCAGAAAUAACUAACACUGUGAAUACUGAUGUUUGUGUUACUACUGUAUUUGGGAUUGUCAUGCAUAUGAUAAUUGGUAUACUAUAUUACUCUCCGAGGAACCCAAGCUUGAAAUUACUGUAAGCUUUUACCUAAAUGACCUCAUUAAUUUGUGUGGUACAGUAGGACACACUGUCAGAGCAGCCUGGUCUCAUAGACUAGUCAUAACAUAGCAAACGAAAAUCCUGGCCACUCAAAUUAGUAUAAUAGUUUAUGUUUGAUAUGGUAUUAAAGUGUCAUCAAACACACAUCCUUUAGUGGGGCGCAGGGCCGAAGAAUAAAAGUCGACAUAAAAGAAAUAGAGCCCGCAAACAAAAGGAGGGUGGUUGGUUGACGUGGAUGGGUUGCCAUAUAAUGUGAAGGUCUAGCAAACCAAAGGUUACAUGUUUGAAUCUUAUCACGGACAACUUGAGUAUUUUAGCUAAUUAGCAACAACCACUUAGUAUAUUUUAGCUACUUUGCAACGACUUAGCAUGUUAGCUAACCCUAACCGUAACCCUUUAACCUAACUCUUAACCCUAACCCCUAGCCUAGCUAACGUUAGCCACCUAGCUAACAUUAGCGUUAGCCACAGCAAAUGGGAAUUCAUAACAUUGCAAAUUUGUAACAUAUUGUAUGAAUUGCAAUUCGUAACAUAUCAUAUGAAAUGGAUCCACAAAUUAAUACAUACCAUACCAAAUGUGACAUAUCAUACUCAUUUCAGUCCAGGUUGGUCAGAGGUGUGCCUGAUAGGAUUGUAAUCAGGAAAAUGAGAAAACAAUGUCUGUUUUUGCUUUCCUUCAUGAUGUCAUGCUAGACGGUUCAAGGCCCUUUUAGGGUGUGUGUCAAAGUCAACACUACAUUUAGUGUGUUUUUCCCCGUUCUGUUGGUCUCAAAAUGGAAUUAAGUAAUUUUUCUCUGAAACAAAUAUAGUUGGCCCCCCCAUAUGAAAAUCUGUUUACUGUGUCACAAUGAUACACAGUGGGUACAUUUAAAGCAGUGACAUGUAAUAUUGUGAAUUUUCAUGCAGAGCUACAGAUAACCUCUUACUGUAUGUAAUUACUGUCUCAUUGUGCUGGCUUUUUCAAUUCACACAACCAUCAUUUUCUUUACCACAGUAUUUUGUGAUAUCCUCUGUAAAACACACGGGUUUGCUUCCCAACACGUGCUGUUGAGAGCAUACUGGCAAAAGAUAACAGCGCUGUAUUUAUGGAAACUGGGUUGUUUUCACCAGAUGUAAAACAUUUUAACCUAAGGUUUUGUAUUCAUAUCCAUUCCAUGAAAUCUGAUCUCCAGCUAGGAUAACUUCUCUUUACAUAGUUGAAAUGGGGAAUCAUUUUAUGAAAAAAUAUGUACAUAUGAAAGAACAUGUAUUUUUCUACGUAUAUGACAGGCACUGUAUCAGAAUGGAUCCUUUACCCAGUAAUACAAAUUGCUUAAUUAUUUCAUUGUGAUCUAGUUUGGUGGUUCUUAUUAAAUUACCUAAUGCACUGAAUGGGAUGUAGAAUAGCAUUAGCAUAGAACUUUGAAGCAAUUUAAAAUCAGGACAGACACUACACUUUUAGAAAAAAGGUUCUACCUAGAACCUAAAAGGGUUUUACGCAAUGGCGACCCAUGGCUAUUGGACCUAGGCCUUCAGUGGGGGGAUUAUUAUUUUUUUACAACAUGUACCAAACUCAAAAAUCAAGAGAAAUUACAGAAACGUAGCAUCACGUAUUAAUGUGCCCAACUGAAUCGAACAGGCCUGAGGCUGAGCCGUGAUUCGGACUGCCACUCACACAGAGAUGGCAUCCGCACGGAUAAUGCUACCAGCAACAACAACCACACUGCUUACACAACCUGUGGUAGCCUAACGCCAUCACUAUCCCACCAUCACCAAAAGCGACAACAGUGACACAUCAAAAGAUGGGAGUGUGACAGUCUUGUGAUGCUGAAUGGACAACGACCGUAAUAUGCAGCGCUCUCCAUGCACUUUUUUGUAAAGCACAUAGGGCCGAUGGAAAGACAGCAGUCAAA